CGACAUAGAAAUGUGGCGUUUCGGGGCCUUAACUAGUUUAAAAAUAAAUGUUCUCACGUUUAGUAUCACCGUGUGUCUUUUUGACAACAUUUUAGAUUUGAAAACACCGGGCCUUUCAAAUUUACUUGACCUAAAAAAAAAAUAACUUGACCCGGAAGUUCUUCGUACUCGUGCCACGUCAGAGCUACGACUACUAAUAUAUCACAUAUACACCGGCCGCUACACAUCUAUUACACACCUAUUUUCUCUGCUCUCACGAUGCUGUUUCUGGGAUGGAUCUGCCUGCUGCUGCACGUGUUUGUGGCGUUUGGGACCGAGCUCACCUUCGAGCUCUCCGACAACGAAAAGCAAUGUUUUUUCGAGGACAUUGAGAAAGACGUGAAGUUUGAAAUUGACUUCCAAGUCAUUGCGGGAGGCAACUAUGACGUGGACUGCUUCGUGACCGGCCCUGAAAACAAUCUGUUGUACAAUGAGAAGAAGAAGCAGUAUGACAGCUUCUCCCACACCGCCACCAUGUCGGGAGUCUACAAGGUCUGCUUCGGAAACGAGUUCUCCACCUACACGCACAAAACGGUCUACCUGGACUUCCGCCAUGGAGAUGAGAAGCCUCUGGUGGAGACCAUGGUCGGAACAUCACCGCUGACUCAGAUGGAGUCGUCUUGCGUCUCCAUUCACGAGGUGCUGAAGGUGGUGGCCGACUCACAGACGUGGUACAGGCUGAGAGAGGCCCACGACCGCACGGGCGCCGAGCACCUCCACCAGCGGGUCACCUACUGGUCCAUCGGAGAAACCGUUCUGCUGUUUGUCAUCGGCGUCGGUCAAGUCAUGAUGCUCAGGAGCUUCUUCAGCGAGAAGAAGGGCUCCGUGGCCGCCGCUACUUAUUAUAGUCAAAUAUUAAAGCGCGUACUUCCUUCUGAUUGGCCCGGAGCCGCUUCGGCCGGCCAAUCAGGGCGAAGCGGGCCCUUUCCAAGCCGACGUGUGUGUUAUGCGUUAACACCUGCGUCCCGGGGCCGGACAGCCAGCGGGCUUCACACACUAUUGUGUUCCAGCGGACUUGUCACCAUGUCGGGUUACCUCAGAGCUCUGACGUCAGCAGCCGCCGCCGCACGGUGCCGGCCCCCCGCUGUGCUCUCACCGGCCGCUGUCUGCUUCCGUCGACAGCAACAGAGGAACCAUGCCACAGGGCGCAUCAAGGCGGCCCGGCCAGUGGUGGAGAUGGACGGCGAUGAGAUGACUCGCAUCAUAUGGGAGUUCAUCAAAGAGAAGCUCAUCCUGCCACAUGUGGACGUUGAGCUGAAGUACUUUGACCUGGGUCUGCCCUACCGGGACCAAACGGACGACCAGGUCACCAUCGACUCCGCCGUGGCGACUAAGAAAUACAAUGUGGCUGUGAAGUGUGCCACCAUCACCCCGGACGAGGACAGAGUCGAGGAGUUUAAGCUUAAGAAGAUGUGGAAAAGUCCCAACGGAACCAUUAGGAACAUCUUAGGUGGCACUGUUUUCCGCGAGCCGAUCCUCUGUAAGAACAUCCCUCGCCUGGUUCCCGGAUGGACACAAGGCAUAACAAUCGGCAGGCACGCUUUUGGCGACCAGUACAGGGCCACAGACUUUGUUGUCGACCAGCCUGGCAAGUUCAAGAUGGUGUUUGCCCCAGCCGAUGGAAGCGUGCAGAAGGAGUGGGAGGUGUAUGAUUUUCCAGCUGGGGGCUGUGGGAUGGGAAUGUACAACACUGAUGAGUCCAUCACUGGAUUUGCUCACAGCUGCUUCCAGUAUGCCAUCCAGAAAAGAUGGCCUCUGUAUAUGAGCACCAAAAACACCAUCCUCAAGGCCUACGACGGGCGCUUCAAAGACAUCUUCCAGGACAUCUACGAGAGGGAGUACAAGCCAGAGUUUGACAAGCUGAAGAUCUGGUACGAGCACCGUCUCAUUGACGACAUGGUGGCCCAGGUCCUCAAGUCUUCCGGAGGGUUUGUUUGGGCCUGCAAGAAUUACGACGGAGAUGUGCAGUCGGACAUUCUGGCUCAGGGUUUUGGUUCUCUAGGUCUCAUGACAUCAGUGCUAGUGUGCCCUGACGGAAAGACCAUCGAGGCUGAGGCUGCCCACGGCACAGUGACCCGGCACUACCGCGAACACCAGAGGGGGCGACCAACCAGCACCAACCCCAUCGCCAGCAUCUUCGCUUGGACCAGAGGACUGGAGCACAGAGGCAAACUGGAUGGAAAUCCUGAUUUGAUAAAGUUCUGCCAGACGUUGGAACAGGUCUGUGUGACAACUGUGGAAAACGGCGUGAUGACCAAGGACCUUGCAGGCUGCAUCCACGGCUUGGCCAACUGCAAGCUGGAUGAACAUUAUGUGAACACGUUGGACUUCCUUGACGCCAUCAGGACCAACUUGGACAAAGUUCUGAACAAAUGAAAAGUAAUAUGAGGACACACUUGCCGACGUGGAUUGUAGAUUUCCGACGCUUUUUAUCCUUUUGCUUCUAUAAAUCUUUGAAUUAUGUUUUGAAGGAAACAACUUUACGUGACAUUUUUGUGUUUGUAUAGUUCACUCACACUGCUCAUGCCAAAUGUUCAGCCAUGCGGUGCAGUUUAAGGUCAUACUGUUUGAAUCGUUAUUAAUUGAUGUUAACAUUAUGUUACGUUUAAAUACUGUUGUUUUCUAUUGUAUAAUCAGCAUGAAUAUAUAAAAAAAAAUGAAUGGAGAGAAAAA